UCCCGGGCCCCGCGGAGAGCGCACCGUCGUCUCAGCUGUUCUUUUCUCUUUUCCUUUUUUUUGCUUUCUCUUCCUUCCUCCUGCUCCUCCUCCUCUUCCACGCUCUUUCCUUCACUGCUUUGAAAACUGGAAAAGUCUUAGUUUUUUCCCCUGUAACGUGCGGACCCCGCCGCGUCUGCCCCCGCGUCAGCCACCGAAGCGCGGUCGGGUCAGCGUCUUCCCUGGGCCGCGGUGCUGUUGGCGCUUGGAGCUGAGCGCGCAGCGCAGAGAGCAGAUGCGGGCUGCAGACCUCUCCCUGGACUCGCACGCCGACGGACUGCACAGUUGCAUCCUUCCGCUGUCCGGCGUGACGGAAAUUCUUCGGUUUCCUUACGCCGAGGAUCAAAGUAAAGCAGCAGUUCGGCUGAGAGAAGAUAUGAAAAAGAUAGUGGCAGUGCCACUGAGCGAACAGCAGGAUCCUGCCUACAAAAAGUUAUUUGGAGUCAGCCUGCCAGAGCUUCAGCAGCAGGGACUCACUAGGGACGGGGUGCCCAUGGUGGUGAGGGGCAUCGUGGAGCACUUGGUACAGCACGGACUCACUCAGGAGGGACUGUUCAGGGUGAGUGGCAGCGUGCAGGCAGUGGAGCAGCUGCGGCGGAGGCUGGAGAGCGGGGAGCGCCUGGAGCUUGGGCCCGGAGACUUGCACACUGCAGCCAGCCUGCUGAAGUGCUUCCUACGUGAGCUGCCUGGCGGUCUGUUCCCUGUGGUGCUGCAGCAGCGUCUGCUCCAGCUCUUUUGGGAUGGUCAGGAUGACAUGCAGAAGAGUAGCUUAAGAGAUUUAAUAAAAGAGCUUCCAGACACCCACUACUGCCUGCUCAAAUACCUCUGCCGGUUCUUGACAAAAGUAGCCAAGCACCAUGCCCAGAAUCGCAUGACUGUUCAAAAUCUGGCCACUGUAUUUGGACCAAAUUUCUUUCAUGUGCCAAGUGGUCAUGAAGGCGUGAAAGAACAGGACCUUUGCAACAAGAUAAUGGCUAAAAUUCUAGAAAAUUACAAUACCCUCUUUGAAGUAGAAUACACAGAAAAUGAUAAACAGAGAUAUGAGAAACAGGCCAGGCUUAUCAUAGUAAAAGAAGAGGAGUUUCAUAAGAACUCUCUACCCAUCCUUUUAACAAAAGGCUUAGAAAGAGAGAUGCCAAUACCAUCCCCAAAAUCCAAGAUCUCAAAGUCCAAGAGUGAGGGAUCCAUUCAGGUUCACCAGGUCCUGCAGCCAGAGCAGUCUGAUAGUGUUUCUCAGAUCAGCCUGCAGCUAAAUCGUAGGAAACCUCGCUUGGAUGAUGGGAAUCCUGCAGAAGACAUCAGUGGUGCCAAGUGGGUAACCAGCACUCGCAUAUCCCAAGUCAGCAGUGUUUCCACAACUGGAGAACUCUUAGAAAGAACCAUCCGGACAGCUGUAGAACAGCAUCUUUUUGAUGUUAACAGUUCUGGAGGGACAGGCCCAGAAGAUUCCGAGUCCGGAACUUCGUUAGCGUCUUCGGCCGCCUCAGCCAGGCAGCGCCGUCGCCAGUGCAAGGACCAGGCCGAGGCUGGACAUGGCAGAGAGCAGGGACUUAUCAACAAAGAAAAUAUUCCUUCUGGCUUCAACAACCUCGAUGAAUGUAUUUUGAAUAUUCAGGAAGUAGAAAAAAUACAUGAAAACACUUCUGAUUAUAUUGGAGAAAGGAGUAAGCCUAAACGUCAGAAAUCUAGUUAUAAACUUUCUGAGCUCAAUGAAAAUCAAGAUGGUCUUGUGAAUAUGGAAAGUUUCAAUUCCGUACGAUCAAAUGACAGGACUGGAGCUGAUGAUGUCAAACUGAUGUCUGAGGAAAGCAAAGAAAAUGAAAGAGAUGGUGGAGACACCCAGCAUUAUGAAAGCCCCACAAUGAAGAUUCAGGAGCAUCCCAGCACACCUGACAGCAAACAGCAGAGGAGUCAAGAUGCUGACGCCCAGGAGGAGAGCUUUGUCUCCGAAGAGCCCCAUGUAGACCUGGCUGCACUGGGAGAUGAGAAGAGCUGGGAAGAGCCCGUCCCCACCCUCUCCUCCUGGCAGCGGGAGGACACGGACUCUGAUGAGGCCCGCCUCUCCCCGCAGGCUGGGCGCCUGAUCCGCCAGCUUCUGGAGGAGGACAGCGACCCCAUGCUCUCUCCUCGCUUCUACGCCUAUGGGCACAGCCGGCAGUACCUGGACGACACAGAAGUGCCUCCUUCUCCCCCCAAUUCCCAUUCUUUCAUGAGGCGGCGAAGCUCCUCGCUGGGGUCCUAUGAGGAUGAGCAAGAGGACCUGACACCUGCGCAGCUCACACGAAGAAUCCAGAGCCUUAAAAAGAAGAUCCGGAAGUUUGAGGACAGAUUUGAAGAAGAGAGGAAGUACCGACCUUCCCACAGUGACAAAGCGGCCAAUCCAGAGGUUCUCAAGUGGACAAAUGACCUUGCCAAAUUUCGGAAACAACUUAAAGAGUCAAAACUAAAGCUGUCUGAAGAGGACUUAACCCCCAGGAUGCGGCAGCGCAGUAACACACUCCCUAAGAGUUUUGGCUCACAACUGGAAAAGGAAGAGGAGAAGAAGCAGGAUCUAGCCGACAAAGCACUGAAGCCCAGCGUUGAAGUCACCCUGGAAUCUAUCCAGAGGAAGCUGCAGGAGAAGCGAGCAGAAAGCAGCCGCCCGGAGGACAUUAAGGAUAUGACCAAAGACCAGAUCGCUAAUGAGAAAGUGGCCCUGCAGAAGGCCCUGCUGUAUUACGAAAGCAUUCAUGGGCGGCCGGUGACAAAGACAGAGCGUCAGGCUAUGAAGCCACUGUACGACAGGUACCGGCUGGUCAAACAGAUCCUGUCCCGGGUCAACACCAUACCCAUCAUUGGGUCCCCCUCCAGCAAGCGGAGAAGCCCUUUGCUGCAGCCAAUUAUCGAGGGUGAAACGGCUUCCUUCUUCAAGGAGAUAAAGGAGGAAGAAGAAGGGUCAGAGGACGAUGGCAGCACAAAGCCAGACUUCACGGUCACUCUGAAGACAGAUUUCAGUGCACGAUGCUUUCUGGACCAAUUUGAAGACGACGCUGAUGGGUUUAUUUCCCCCAUGGAUGACAAAAUACCAUCAAAAUGCAGCCAGGACACAGGGCUUUCAAAUCUUCAUGCCGCUUCAAUACCUGAACUCUUGGAACACCUUCAGGAAAUGAGGGAAGAAAAGAAAAGGAUUCGGAAGAAACUUCAUGACUUUGAAGACAAUUUCUUCAGACAGAAUGGAAGAAAUGUACAGAAGGAAGACCGCACUCCAAUGACCGAAGAAUACAAUGAAUACAAGCACAUAAAAGCGAAGCUGAGGCUCUUGGAGGUGCUCAUCAGCAAGAGAGACACUGAUUCCAAGUCCAUGUAAGCACCAGCCCAGCCCCGUAAGGGGCUGUUGGUUGCAGAGCAGAUUUACUGUUCUGGUAAAGAGCAGCUCUGAAAGGCAGCCUCAGAGCUGGCCAUGCCCAGCAUGCAGCCCUUCUGCCUCCAGCCCAGCCCUGUUUCCAUUGCCUGCCUUAGCAACUGCUUGGAGGAUGACAGUGACCGACUGCAGCACUGCACAGCAGGAAAGCGCAGACUGCCAGGCACACUUCCGCUGUAACAGGAGCUUCUCUAACUCUAGCAGUGCUGCGUCACUGCAGCAGACACCCAGUCACCGAGAUAUGCCCUGUGCUUCCCGGGGUAACUGAGAAACAUGAGCUCGUUCUUGUUCUGUGAUGAAAACAAGCUCAGGACCUUAUUCCACAGAGCAAACUUGCAGUGGAGGGCUGUGCUCUCCCCCCGGACCCAGCUGUCACCGUGCUUUGGAGCCCUGUUUGCUGCUUUGGCCAUUCUAGUGUCCUUUCCACAGAGCUGCGCCUCCCCCACGCGCCUGAGCAGAUCCCCUUCGGCUCUCAGGUAGUUGGAAGCCACUGCCGCCCACAGGGGCAGUACAGGCAUCUAUUUGAGAGUGUGCUUCUUCAGGACGUCCUGGUCUGGCAACGCACCUCAAUCCCCGGUGAGGGCGGGAUCUGCAGAGGACAGAGGGACAGCAGCAGCCAUAUCAGGGCUGAUUUUUAACAGCAGGUAACAGGCGAAGAGCCUGCAGCCUGUUCUCUGCACAGUGACUGCACUGAGCCGUCUCCGGUUUUAACAUCCAACUCUCAAUGAGGCCAGCAUGCCUACAAGAUAGCCUGCUUGGUGGUGGCCCUAGCCAAACAUUAAGUCUUGCUUAAUUCUAAGCUAAAACGCUGAGGAUCAAGGGAGAGGCAGCCUGGGUCUUCUGCCUCCUGAACACUUAACCAGAUUUUAAUUUUUUAAAAAAGUAAAUCUGCACUAAAAUCCCCAGACAGGUAACUAGCCCUAAGAGCUAUAGGCAGAAUCUUAAGUCAAACUAUUUUCAAGAUCAUGUAUAGAAAGAAAAAAAUAAUGGUGUGUGGCCAACUAUGAUUCUAAGUUUUCAAAGACUGUGAUACAAAGCUGUCUAUAUUAGACGUUUUGGAGGGACCAGGGAAUUUGACACCAAAUCAUUUAUCUCUUCGGUGUGCUUGAUGUCACCUUGUGAUUUGUUCUUCACCUUCUGUGUCUGCCCUGGGGAAAGUGGGGUCAGGUCUGCCUUUGUGUUCGUGAGGCAGAGCCCAGUGUGGCUGGUGGACAAGACAGUGUCCAGCAGGGCUGCCCUCCUCUGCUGCUGAGUUGCCUUCCUAAAGGGCGCAGUUCCCAUCUUAAUAAAAAGAAAAGGAAGAGAACAUAAAACUCUACUGACCUUGUUAGUUGUAAAACUGGGUCUUGAAAGCACCUGGUGGACUGCACACCACAGCAGUCUGGGGCGGACCAGAGGGCACAGCUCUGCCAGUUGAGAGCUGUUUAACUGAGCGUGGGGGAAAUGAGGGCUUUGAGUUCUCUCUCAGUCAUACAGAAGCAUGAGCUGUGUGUCAGAAAUCCUCAGCUUAAAUCUACACACUUAAAGAUGGUACAGAACUCUAUAAAUUUAAAUGUACAUGAAAAUAUAGUUUGAUAUUCUUUGCUCUACUGUUUACAUUGCCGAUUGCUAUAAUUUCAAGGAGUUAUAAAUAAAAUGAUGCACUUUAGGAUGUUUUCUAUUUUUGAAAUCUGAACGUGAAUCAUGCACAUGACCAAAAAUUGUAUUUUUUAAGAAAUACAUGUUUAGUCUGUCCUUUUCAAGUACUUAUUCUCUUUAAAAAGCUAUGAUAUAAAUCAUUACCAGUUAACUUUUAAAGCACAUUCAGUCUGAGUGUUGUUUUGAAAAACUAUAAAUUUUUUUAAAGCUACAUAUAGGUGAGAAGCUACUAGAUGUUUUGAAAUCUGUUGUUUCUGCCAAAGGUAAAUUAAAUAUAUUCCAAAAUUCAGGCGUCCCCUUUCAAAUUUGUAUGAAAUUCAUUUCAAUAAAAAAAAAAAAACACGGUUACAAUAAAAAAGUGUAUGAAGUGUUUUCCUUUGCAGUUUCUAACCUACAUUCUUUAUAGAAUGGAGCUCAGUGCAGCGGGGUGGGCUGCUUAUUCCAGAUCAUUUUUGGAGGCAUGUUACAAAGCAGUUUCUGGCUCUGCCAGAAACGCCAAGGCGAAUCUGUUUCCCUAGCAACCGUUUCUGCAGCCCAGCAUCACCAGGCACUGGAGGCCAGUGUAAUUGGCUUCACAGACAGAAUGCUCUGGGCUGGGGUUGCUCCUCUGCUCUCUUGGGACCGUGUGUGUUUAUUAGCACAUGCCAACAAAAUAAAUGUCAAGGGUUAUUUAAUAGCAAUGAUAAGUAAAGGUAAAGCGUGAGUAAACUUGAUUAU